UCAUUUCAGAGCGUUAUUGUAUUGGUCGACGCUGGCAUCCGGAGUCUGCGUUGCUUGCGGUUAACUUUCUUCUUCGCUGGCGUUGCUCUCCGGACGUGCGUUUCAGACAUCUGCGGCUCAUUUCAAGGCGAAACAUUGUCUUGAUAUUUCUCAAAACCCUGACGUAUUUCGCAACUUUGGAAUCAGGAUGCAGUUUCUUACCUGUGGUAAUUUUUCAAGUCUGUCAGCAACUUCGAUAAUGUUUCACUCAAUGCUGGUGCAGCCACCACGCGAGGGCUAUGGAGAAACGGAAGUUGACCGAUCCCCUUUUGAAAAUGACGCCCGUAGUUGUUCUACAGCGACUGCCUACUGGCUUGGAUGUGAGGUCCAGUUGGCGAAAAUUACCCGCCAGUGAACAGCUGAUAGCCCAAAGCAGUUGCACGUCGAUUCCUAUGUCACUCCCAUUCUAUAGGCGGAGGCAACAAGCAACAGCUAGUCUACCCGAAGAACAAAGUGUCGUUACUCAAACGAAAAAAGUGCAGAAAGCUACACGUCGAACAAAGAGUUCAUCAUGCUCAAUUCCAGCAAAGAAGCCUGCAAAGGAGCAUGUGGUGAAAGAGCACCCUGUUGCUACGCAAGGCAGUGAAAAUGGCAUAGCCGCAGCUGAGAAAACAACAAACUCAAACGUUCAAGAAGAAUCAAAUGUGUGUGAUAUAGUACUGCAAGACAGAUCUAGCUUGAGGAACAUUGACAACGAAGAGACUACUUCCACAAAAGAUUCUGUGCCAUCACCCGUGGACACAUUAGUGUUAACGGAACAUAGUGGACGUACGUCUGCAAGUGGUUCCGACACGGAGAUUGAUGAAAGUGCCGCGUAUGACACAUCGUUAUCGCAUGAUUCUAACGACACAAUUGCAGUGACGGUGCCUGCAGACCUGCUUACGGAUUUGGAGACUGAUACGGAUGUAGAAUCCAGAAAUACGGCUCCUGACGCGGACAGCAGUCUGUGUCAUUCUCAAGAAAGCUCCCAAAGCGAAGUAUUGUCUGACAGUGAAAAGCACGGGAUUGUAGAGGAGCAGACGUUGCAUUCUAGUGAUAUUGGCAAGAAGAGCUGUGCAACGAAUGCGGACCCUGUGUGUUCUGACGAAGAAACGGAGAGUGACACCAGAAUGAAAGACUCAAUAACAUGUCGUAAUCUCCGUGUGGAUUUCUCGUCUCCCGAGCCAGCGCCCACGGCCCUCCUGACGGCUCGCAGAAAGCAGAUAUCUGCUGAAGAUGAAAUUGAUGCGUUCACUGCGAACAUAAUUGAAACUAUGCUGGAUGUUCACCCGAGCUCUCUUCCAACCUUUGUAGAGGAGUACUUCCACCAUUUCAAAGUUUGCCUCGAAGUUUUGAGAUCGAUGCAAGAAGCCGACAAGAAUCUGUACGCCAGGGUGCUGUGCAGGAAAAGGGAUCCGUUGAGGAGGAUUUUCCAGCUUUUUAAAGAGAUGCGACACCUCGUGGAUUACACCCCGCUGGAGAGUGUUUUGGCGCUUGAACGGCAGUUUUCGAACUUCUUGACCGCAGCGGAAGUUUCUGAAGCGUGCGGAGCGGAAUGGCGGGCCUACCUGAACAGUUCUUCGGAACAUUUCAGUCGGAAGCUCAACGAAGUGGAAGCUCAACGAAAUGCGGUGGCGGACUGCCCCCAAGCGCAAAGUCGCGAAUGUCGAGGAGCAAUCCCAUCUUCUGCAGCCGGAAGCAUGAGCAGUGUCACACCUCUCACAAGUGCAAGACAGAUUCCACAAAGUACAGCACAGCCACGAUGUGAUUCCUCAACUUUACAUAGAGCAGGUACUUGCGCUACCCAGUCUCCAUUUCCUCCACGCUUUUCCCCUUGCUCUGAACCGUCGAGGCAGAAUAUAGCCCAGUCCGGUAGUCCAGUUGCGAGAUACACGGCUACACAUGGUACACAUGAUGUGCAAAGCAUGACGUCAACAGUCGCGUGCUCUGUGUACCAGAGGCAGCAGCCUCAAGCAGCAAGCGUGGAGCAGAGCGCAAGUCCUGCCAUGCUGCAUGCAAGUACAAAUUCAUCUGCACAAGGUAGCUCGCAUCAACCCCAAACCACUAGCUUAUUGACUGGCAGCAGUCAGCGUCCGUUUACCCUAGUAGUUAGAGGCGUAAAUUCUUUAUCCCAGGCUACAGAAGCAGCACGAAAAAUCGUGCUGAACCAGAUGAACUGUACCACCACUACUCAGACACGUUUGCCGCAAUGUUCAAGUCCUGCCACGAGAACUCAGAGUAGUGCUGCAUCGAGCACUAGCCACAAUGUGCUUUGUCAGGCAAAGUGUGCCACUGAUUUCGGUGGUAACCCGAACAGAACGUUUACCUCUGUACCUGUAGCACCAUUACAGCAAGGUGUUCCCUUACGAACACAGCCAGCGCAGGUGCAGAUGCAUGCCUUCAGUGUUCAGCCGCGGGCUCCCGUUGCCGUAAACGGCGCAUCUCCCAUAGUGCCUCCGGUGAGAUGGACUCCGCAGGGGUUGUUGUUCGUGCCAUCGCAGCGGCAAACAACGAACUGUUCGACUGGGUUCAUGUCUUCCGCUGGUCCUCUGCUUCCCUCCAGUCUGGGACAGAGUUGUGUCAGAAACAGCUGGCCGAGGCCAAAUGUUUCAAACUUCGCUCUCGUAUUGCCGCCUUUGGGAACUGUGAAUCAACAGUUGAGGAGCUCAGUGAUCAACAUAGAAGCCCCGGUUACUGUGAUGCCUGCAGGCCAGGCGGUGAUGCAUUCUGGGGGAGGUGCCAUUGGAGCGCAGGACAGAAAUGUGCCCAUUGGGGGAUUUAAUGGUGGUCCUCUAGCACCUCCCAUCAGCCAGCCACGACCGUGCAUAACGGGAGUUGUCAUACCAGUGGUCAGAUCUAGACCAGAGGGAAACGUGGCACAGAACGUCAUCUGCACUGUACAGGAUGCAAGCAGUAAUGGAGCCAGUCUUGUGCCACAAGGAAAUGCUCAAAAUUCGAAGCCACACAGCGUUGAAACAUAUUCCCCACUAACACCCCACCUUGCAAUGGGGCCUUCAAGAUAGUUCAACAGAAGUAUAGGGAUCGUGAAGCUACGAUGAUAAUGCGAUAAUUUUACAUUUGGUCUGUAAGGACAGAGUCAGAUGUCAAUGAGGAAAUUCCUCGGUACUGCACUCAGUAGCUUUGCCAGUGCUCUACACACGGGCAGCGUUGGGGACUGUUGCACGUUCCCGGGGUAUUACCGAAGCUACUAAGGACACCACUGGGGUAUGUCCUCAAUGUUUGUGCAAGCUGUCCAAGGUCUGCCUCUGGAAGGGAUAAUACUGUGUAGACCAUUUAUGGUAAUCCUGUGCAUGACAAAACACAAAGUGCAGUCAAUUUGUUCUUAGAAGACAACACCCGUAUCGAUUUCAGUGUGUUUUCGUACAGCAUAUGGUAAACUUGUGUUCAGGGGGGCUCAUCCUCCACCAUAUAAUGUUGCGAAACUCCCUGAUGUCAGUCACGUGAGAGGCUCGUAACCAUCAAAGAACUCACAGGGCAGGCACUCCAGAUUAUCCCAAUUUCCAUGUGUUCAACUGAUUUUUGUCUUUGUGGUAGAGAGGGUUUAUUCCUGGAAGGAAUCUGUGUCUGACCAGCUUUCAUAAAGCUUACCGAAACUGAGAGUGCCGGAAAAUAUUGGGUUUUUGCUAGAGAUGGGCCAACAGAAACCGUAAAUCCUCGAAUCCUAGGCCCAAAACAGCGAAUCAAACCUUUCGAAGCCACCAACCACAUUUGUUCGUUUCUUUUUAAAAUUUGUGGCCCCGGAAUCCACUGAAAACCUGAGUGGCUGGCGCGCCGCUAGGCCUGCCAAAGCCACAGCAUAAAGCUCCGACUUUACAAGUUUAAAAAUAACACUGUUUUGCCUUUGAUUGUUUCUUAGUUUUAUGGAGAGAAUUGAGGCUCGAGAAGUUACGUAGUCGAUGGACAACAUGUUAAAUAAAUUACACUGAGAAAGGA